AAUGAUUCCAAGAAGGAUGUGGUUAGGGAUUCAAAAAUCAAUCGUGCUCCUCGUGGGUGGAAAUCACACCUCCUCCAGGUUUUGCACUCGCUAAUUAUUUCCCCUCUCUCCGUUUGGCUUAAAUCUCUCUCUUUGUCUGUUGUAAACGUUCUCGAUUACUCUCUAGAAUUUGCAAUCUUCGUAUUUGUGGAUUUGGAGUCCUUGAAAAAUGCAUGUAUUUGGUGGGUCUAUAGCGAGGCGUGUGAUUUUACGCGCUUUCUUGCUUGCCUUGGUUAUGUCCAUUGUGCCUCUGGUGCACAUACUCUCUGGGUCAAAUUUGGGACUGUUGGAUCCAUUGACCACUCCUGAGUGUGCCUUUGAUUAUGGUACGAAUUGGCUGAUGAAUCGAUUGUUGAUACCGGGCUCAUCUGGGUCAGUGCGCUACAUGGAAAAUGUUAAUUUGACCGUUGAUGUGGUCAGAGAGCUAAUGAGAAUGCAAAUGUUGACGAAUUAUAGUGCGAAAGCUCUCUGUCUCGGGGAAGGAUCAGCCUCCGCAGUUAUGGCAUUGCGGGAUUUGGGAUUCUCUCAUGUUUGUGGGGUUAAUAAGAGCCCCUUCUCCUUGCUUAAGCAUAAGAACCUUGUUUACCAGCUUGACUUUGAAGGAAAUUCUUAUGACUUUGUACUGUUCAAUGAGAUGGACAAGUUUUUGGUCCCUGCAAUUCUGGUGCUUGAGAUUGAGCGUGUUCUUAAGCCCAGUGGAAUUGGGGCUGUGCUUGUGGGUGGCUGGGCGUUAAACCCGAAUGGCUUGAUUGGUGCCGCUACCCCAGUUUCUAUAUUACUGAGAGAUUCCAGGGUUGUGCAUGUUGGUUAUGUUGCUGAGUUGAUUCUGGUUGUGUUCAAGAAGAAAAACGAAAAUGUUGGUUAUUUUGAGCAAUUUGAACUGCCAGCUGAUUGCCAAUCUGUUAUGGAUAGCAAACCUCUCAUGGACUACUUAGAGCCUCUUGUGGAUGGAAAGCCAGUGGAAUUUGAAAAAAGAAUUGCUUACUUGCCAAAGCUCAUGGAUAUUUCUUCUAAGAAGCAUAUGGUCUAUAUCGACAUUGGCGCAGGGGAGCACUUAAAGUCCGGUGAUGAAAAUUGGUUCUUUCCAUCAUAUCCUGUGGAUCGCAAAGCUUUCAGUUCAUAUUUUGUCGAUCAUAACACUUCAGUUAUGCUAUCUUAUGUCAAAAAGCCCGGCAUCACAUUUGUUUAUUACCCAGACCUUGCUGGAAACAAGGCCACAGCAAUGCCAGAUGCUAUUGAAGAAUUAGAUCCGUAUGUUGAAUAUGGCAGCUUUGAUUUUCUUGCUUGGUUCAAGGAAACAGCGCAGCAUGCAGAUUUUAUGGUACUAAAAAUGAAUGCAGGGAAGGUGGAACUUGAAUUUCUGGCUGAACUGUUUAAAAGUGGUGCGAUAUGCAUGGUCGACGAGCUGUUCCUUGUUUGCUCAGACCAAGUGUAUGGGAAGGGUGCUGUGGAGGGACAAUGCUUGGACCUCUUCAAGGGUCUCAGAAGCAGAGGUGUAUUUGCCCAUCAAUGGUGGGAGACUGAACAGAGUCUGUCGUUCAGUAAACUCUAGUUUGAAUGCUGUGUCAUUUGAACUCUCUUUGAUUGUGUUAUGUCUGUUGUUGUUGUUGUUGUUGAAGUUUCUGCUGUAGGAUGUGUUGAAGACAUCCAAGUGCUUUGUGGUUGGGCACUUAUGCUAAAUAAGGAACCAUUUUGCUUUGUGUUUUGUUGAAUAAAAAGUGUGUUGUGUGCUUGGUUUGUC